AUGUUGAAGCUAGGAAAAAUGAGCAAGUGCUGCUGCUUCCCACUAGCGGGGGGAUGCAUCAUUGGAAUUAUGAUUCAUAUAGGAUUUUGCAUAUCAGCAAUAUUCUCCCAUGGUCAAGAAUAUAGAAUUCUACUCAUAAUUACAAAUGCAGUAUUGGCAUCCUUGUUAACUCUUGGAUUGGCACUCAAAAGUUAUAUUAUUUUUUGCAUUGCUGCUAUUUCGGUGGCCUUUAUUCUGGUGAAUUACCUCGUAUCCUUCGUACUUAUCUUCAUUUCACUUUUUGUAAAAGAUCAGUACACACUGGAAAGUAAAAUUUUUACCACAGUUAUUGUGUUCAUUAUGCUGUUCACAACAACCGUUUUCUUUAACAUUUAUUUAUCCACAUUCAAAGUUAUGAAAGCUGGGGGAACAGGCUGGGAAUUCAAGAGUUAUAUGGAGAUCGAGUCUCAGAAGCAGUUGCAGAAGAGGGAAGAAAAGAAGAACGAGAAGAAGGAAGAAUCGGGCACCUAUAGUGAUUACAAAGCUUAA